AUGGCUGCGAACGCCUUCAUGUCCUGGACGCUGUUGAGAGGUAGCGGGGUGGCAGAACAAGAUACGUUCGGUGGAUUCGCGCGGGAUUUUGCGAAUCCACCGCCAGACGGCGCUCUCGCCGUUGCUCCCUCCUAUCUUUCCCUGGCUCCCUCCUCUCCUCUCCGCUCCGUUCCCUCUCCUCUCCCCACCGCCGCCAACCCCUCUUCUCCUAUCCAGCCUCCCUCUCCUCUCUCCGCCGCCGCCGCCGCCGCCUCCCCCCUCUUUUUUCUUCCGCCUCCCACCUCUCCUUCUUACCCCCUCCCGGCCUCGUCUUUGAGGAAGCAUCCUCGGCCGGAAGAUGAGGACGACAGGAAUGAUGAGGCAGAGGACGACGAUGAGGACGAGGGGCCACAGCCGGUCAAUAUUUUGGAAGAGAGCUAG